ACAUUUCUAACUGUGGACAUAUGCAUUACCUUAUAGAAUGUUCCCUACAAAUGACACCCAAUUCCACCCCUCAUCUUUUUUACUGCUGGGGAUCCCAGGAAUGGAAACACUACACAUCUGGAUUGGGUUCCCCUUUUGUGCUGUGUAUGUGAUUGCACUCUUAGGGAAUUUAACCAUUCUGUUUGUGAUCAAGACUGAGAGCAGCCUGCACCAACCCAUGUUCUACUUCCUGGCCAUGUUAGCCACCAUUGACUUGGGCCUCUCCACAGCUACCAUCCCUAAGAUGCUUGGUAUCUUCUGGUUCAACCUUAGAGAGAUAGUGUUUGAUGCCUGCCUCACACAGAUGUUUUUCAUCCACAACUUCACUGGCUUAGAAUCAGCAGUUCUCUUGGCAAUGGCUUAUGAUCGCUAUGUGGCCAUCUGCAACCCAUUGCGAUAUAGCACCAUUCUCACUAACAAGGUUGUUUCUCUGAUUGGUCUUGGAGUAGUAGUAAGAAAUUUCAUUGCCGUUAUUCCAUUUGUAUUUCUCAUAUUGAGACUGCCCUUCUGUGGGAAUCACAUCAUUCCUCACACUUAUUGUGAGCACAUGGGUCUUGCUCGCCUCUCUUGCGCCAGUAUUAAGAUUAAUAUUAUUUAUGGCUUAUGUGCCAUUUGUAAUCUAGUGUUUGACAUCACAGCUAUUGCUAUCUCUUAUGUCCAUAUACUCCGUGCUGUAUUCCGUCUCCCUUCCCAUGAAGCCCGGCUCAAAUCUCUCAGCACAUGUGGUUCACACGUUGUUGUUAUCCUUGCCUUUUAUACACCAGCCCUCUUUUCCUUCAUGACCCAUCGCUUCGGUCGGAAUGUCCCCCGUUAUAUCCACAUACUUCUGGCUAAUCUCUAUGUCAUAGUGCCACCAAUGCUUAACCCGGUGAUCUAUGGGGUCAGAACCAGGCAGAUCUAUGAGUGUGUGAAAAAAAUAUUAAUACACAAAUAA